UACAAACCCGCCACUAGAUAUUCUACCCCCUCCAGCAGGUAGUUCAAAAUGGUGUAUUACUUUUCCUCCAACACUGUGUCACCAGCCGCUUUCAUAUACGUCGGCAAGGACAAGGUUGAAAAUGAAGAGCUCAUCAAAUUCGGCUGGGAAGAAGACGUCUGGUUUCACGUCGACAACCUCUCAUCGGCGCAUAUCUACGUGCGGUUGCCAGAGGGCGAGGACUGGGAGAAGAUAACCCCAGAGCUAUUGGUUGAUUGCGCGCAGUUGACCAAGGCAAACAGUAUCGAAGGCAACAAGAAAGAUAACGUCACGAUUAUAUACACGCCGUGGUCGAAUCUGAAAAAAGACGGGAGUAUGGCGGUGGGACAAGUGAGUUUCAAAGACCAAAAGAAGGUCAAGCGUAUACACGUUAUACAGCGGGAGAAUCCUAUUGUCAACCGCCUGAACAAGACGAAGGUUGAGAAGUUUCCCGAUCUACGAGAAGAGAAGGAAGCUAGACUUAGCGAGCUUAGGAAACGGGAUCGAGAUACUCUACAGACCAGGCGAAAGGAAGAAGCCCGUAUUGCCAAGGAGCGGAAGGAGCUCGCGUGGCAGAGAGAUCAUGCCUACGACGAUGUGAUGACCGAGGAGAACCUUGCCCAGUCCAGCAACCAGGAUCGCGACGAGGACUUCCUCGAUGAUUUCAUGUAGCUCCAGCGCUCGUCCUUGUCACCAAAGUAUAGCUACAAUGCAGUGAGAUGUCAUUGGCGAUAUCCACCGCCUCGGCCAGCAUGGCAUCGUACUCAUAGGAUGUCGUUUGGAAAGAUCUUCGGUGCAACGGAGCGGGUUCAAUUAGGAUCGCGGACGGUCAUGGAGGGGAGGCACAGACCCAUGCUCUCGUUCAGCAUGCGAAUGUUGUGGUUGAAUGGGUCGUAUGCAGUGGUCUUGAUCUCGUGCUCUUCCCAGGUGAGAGUUCUGGCUUUGGGCUUCGAGCGACCCCCAUUGCUCUGAGUCCACCAGACAAAUAAGAGGUUUUUUAUGAUUUUGUGCUCCAAUCCAUUCUCUCUUGUCGCAUACUGUAGGAAAUCGAG